CUUUUCUAGUCUCAACAUUUCCCGACUUCACAAUUUCGUGUUCAGUCCUGUUUAGACGGUGGUGCGCGAAUGUUAGGUUAGGUUAUGUUGUGGUCACGUUACAACUUGUAUUACAAGAAACCGUGUCGUGUGUGAUCGUGAUUAUCAGUCUGUGCUCAUCGCUGCUUAACCGCCGUUAAAUCUGACCGACAAUGAAGGCCUACCAGCUGGUUUUGUUGACCGGUGUUUGUCUGGUGAUGUGUGGUUGGAAGUGUGGUCCUGUGGUGGCCAGUCCUGUCGCAAUGACGACAGGAUCGCAGCCUGAUGCGACAGGCAGCUACAAGUACGAAAUGAUGGACAUUGGCGUCAGUUCGUGUCGCAAGGUCUGGUCGGUGUUCGAGCCCAAGAAUCUCACUGAUAAACUGCUCGAAUUUCCUGAAGAUGGUACCAGCCUGUCAGUGUGCAAAUCGCGUACUAGCUGUUGUACGCACCAGAUGGAGGAGCGUCUAAAGACGCAUGUGCAGAGAGACUUCCAGGCUCUGCUACAUCAUUCCUCGCAGACCAUACAGGGUCUGCUCAUAUCCACUGCCAAUGACCUGCAAGACCACGUGACACAUUUGGCGCGCGACUCUGAGAAUCGCACACACGCGCUGUUCGCGGACGUGUAUCGCGGCAUGGCGACUCGUGCACGCGAGCCGAUCGCGCGCCUCUUCCGCGCACUGGUCGACUUUUCGCGUGCGAGCAACGAUCAGCUGAUUUCCUCAGCCAUUCCGCCAGACGAUGCCGAUCAGCUGAUUGCAGCUGUUGAACGCUUCUUCGCCCAUCUGUUCCCGCUUGUCUAUCAUCAGGCUGUACACUCUCACCAGUCCGCUUUCACGGAAGAUUACAGGCGUUGCGUUCUAGACGCGACGGCAAGCGUGCAGCCGUUUGGCGCGGCGCCGCGACGCUUGGGAGAGACGCUUGCCGCGUCGCUGCAACGUUCGCGAACGUUCGCACAGGCGCUGCUCGCUGGCGGUCAGGUGAUGAACACGACUGACCGCCUCAUGGGAGAGAAGACAACUCGCGGUCUAGAUAACUGCUUCGGGGCCUUGUUGAGGUUGACUUACUGUCCGAGAUGUCAAGGCGUGGACACGUCCAUCAAGCCUUGCAACGGCUACUGUCUGAACGUGGUACGAGGCUGUUUGACCCAGCAACGCGCCCAAGAGCUCGACUUGCCCUGGAACAAUUUCCUCGCCGAAACUGAGAGGCUCGCCAAGGCGAUACAAGCCGACAACCAGCAGGCUUUGAGGCAGCUGCCUAGCUCGCUCUCAGAUGCUGUCAUGUAUGCGCAGAUGGAUGGAAUCAAUAUUGAUGCUAAGGUGAAGAAAAUGUGUGGCCCAGUCAGACUGGAACCUGAGACAGGCAAAACCAAAAUUGAGACAGCACACAAAUCGGAGGCCAGUGAUGCAUUGAACGCUAUCUCUGUCAGUUCCCUGCCUGCUGGACAUUAUAACAAGCCGCUAGAUCAUGGAUCACCACUGUUGACCAGUUUUCUGCAGUCUCUGGAAUCGAUUCAGGCCAAGGGCUUCUUUGCCAAUCUGCCAGAAGCCCUCUGCUCCGACGAAAGCUUUGCCGAAAUCCAUGACACCGCCGAGUGUUGGAAUGGCCAACGUGUUGGCGAAUACACGAAAACUCUUGUUCGACCUGGAGUGGACGCCCAGAAGUACAACCCUGAACUGGCGUGGACCGAAAGUGAACCAGAUCCUAUCAUUCAUCAGCUCAGCGACAAACUGAGGCAUAUCAGACAGGUUGUAAUGGGACAACUGAACCAAGCCCAAAACCUGGUGGCCGAGUCGUAUCUGCGGGAUGAGGAGGACGGCAGCGGAAGUGGACAGAAGCCGGAUGAUGACGAUGAUGAUGACACUGAAUGGACACAGGGAUCCGGAUCCGGGGAAUAUUCCUGGCGAGGAACACAGUACUAAGAAAAAGACAUACAUCACAGAUGGAAUCGACGUGAACACAAAUGUGAUCCCCGGCCAAGAAGGGGGCAACUCGAACGGAGGCCCAGGGGGGGCUCAGACCCCUGGCGGGGGCAAGGGAAGUGCAUCCAGUGUCAUUCACACGCAACACGCUCUCACUCUCACACUCGCCGUUGCAUUCGUCACAAGUAUGUAUCACAUGGCGCAUUGAGCCGACUGUCUGUAAGUUGAAAUCGGUGGUUUUUGGUUGGUUCCAGUCGGGGGGUUUUCAGGGGGUGUAAACUCUGGUUUAGUGUGUUAAAUACACUAAACUAGAGUUUAGACGGAAUUUGUAGACAGAGGUUGAAGAUGGCACGGUUUAAAGUAGACCAUGUUUGUAGAGGGUGGUAAACUUUGGUCCAGAGUGUUAAAUACACUAAACUAGAGUUUAGACGGAAUUUGUAGACAGAGGUUGAAGAUGGUACGGUUUAAAGUAAGACCAUGUUUGUAGAGGGUGGUAAACUUUGGUCCAGAGUGUUAAAUACACUAAACUAGAGUUUAGACGGAAUUUGUAGACAGAGGUUUGAAGAUGGCACGGUUUAAAAUAAGCCAUAUUUGUAGAGGGUGGUAAACUCUGGUUUAAUGUGUUGAAUACACUAAACUAGAGUUUAGAGUUUAGACAGAGGUUUGAAGAUGGCACGGUUUAAAGUAGACCAUGUUUGUAUAGGGUGGUAAACUUUGGUUUAGUGUGUUAUAAUACCCUAAACUAGAGUUUAGAGUUUAGACAGGGGUUUGAAGAUAGCAAGGUUUAAAGUAGGCCAUAUUUGUCAGUUUUAGGCUUGUAAAGUUCAACAACCUAACUUCAUUUUUCCAUUGCGAAUUGAUGAUCCCUACAUGAGCUUCUUGUUUGUGCGUUUGUGAAGGGGUGUUUACAUUAGUCAAGUUUACUUGAAUUGAAUGUAUUUUGCACAACUUGCAUAACUUGAGGUAAAGUUUGCAAGAGCAGAAACUUGAAUCAAAGAUGAAAAAAUAAUAGUGUUCUUCACUCUUUGCUUGAAUCCACUAUACCAACGACAGUUAGAAGUAAGAGUAGGCCUACCGGAAUCCAAUCAGAGUUUGAACCAUCGUUUACUUUGAGGGCAGUUUUGGUAUUUAGAUCCACAAUUAGAAUCGAGAGUACUACAGUUCGAAUAAAUAAGUUUAUGUAUCGUCUACUGUUGGACAAAGUUUAAAAAAAUACAUAUUUAUUUUAUUUAUUUAUUAUUUUUAAAAGAAAGCACUGACCAAGAGAGAAAAAUCAAGAAUACUCCUUGUACUAUUUCUCUCCCAAAUUUAGAUAAUAUUUUAAAAGUCCAUAAUAGGGUUAUGAUUUCACUCUACUAAAAUUUAGUUCAUUUUUACUGAAAAACUGAAGAUUUUGAAUUGAUUUUUACUUUAUGACCUAAAAGUAAUUCUAUGAUGAACUAGUCUCAAUGAAAUGAAAAUAUUCUUUAUUUGGCGGAGCUAUUAGUCUCAACCUACAGGGCACAUAUUUGUUCAGUUAUGGGUUAGAUUUUGUUUAGUAUUUGUAAAAUAUUUUGGGAACGUAGAUACUGUAUUUUUUCUAUAUGUUAUUAGUAGUUUUGUUGAGUUGGAAAUUGGAAAUUCAGUUUGUAAGGGUUGAGAAUCUAUGUUGUAGUACACCCUCUACGAAUAACCCUGUAUCCCUGAAACCACCCCCGAUUGUGAACUGUAGUUAAAUUAUGGCAAUAAUGUUGAAAUUAUACAACGUAAACAGAAGAGUAAUAAUUAAUAUACUAAUUUAUGUAUUAGAUCUUUCCAAAUUUAUUUAUUUUAUGUGUAAGUAGCUCGGAACAUGCUAAGAAUUGUGUAUCGUCGAAUGUUAUUGGGAAUCUAUUCACUUGUUAUUUCGAAUUUCUGUCAAUUUUGAAAAAAAGUCGGGAAAGAAACUUUUUUUAUUAACUUUAUUAUUUCUUUGCUAUUUUUACAAGAAAGUGAGAACUUACUUUGAUUUUAUUCUACUUCAUGGAUAAAUUUGAAAUGAAAUGUUUUUUAUUUGAAUGAGCUCAGAUUUUUAAGUUUCUGUUUCAACUGAUGACAUUUUUUUAUUUAUCAUCACAAAAACAGUGAAUAGAUUCUCAUUAACUGCAACGAUAGUAUUGGCUGUGUGCAUUGUAAAAUUGUUGUAAUUUAUGCAAUUGAAGGAACGUCUCAAAUUAUUAUUAUAAAAUUAUUUGGGAAUGUAUUGUAAAACAAACUGUUGGAUUAUUCUGUCUGUGUCGAUACUGAUAUUGAAGGUGUAUUUUUAUUUUGUUAGUCUUCUAAUAAUUGUCUAAAACUAAAUUUGUAGGGUUUUUAUUCUCGUGGGACUUGAAACUGAUAUUCAUGACACAGCUAUAAUCAGUAACAUUUUUCAAAUCAAUCAAUGUUUCUUUUGGAAUUAUGACUCUCUGAAAUUGAAAGGGAUAACAUUUCGUUAUAAUAGCAAGUAUAAAGUUAGAUGUAUUGCAUUGUAACGAUCUAACCAUUAACGGCCAGUUUAGUAAUCUUGGAUCACUAACCUAACCAACCUAACCUAACCUAACCUAACCUUAACUCACUUAGAGCUGCGCUAACACCAAAGUUAUUAACAAAAUGUUAAUCCUUAUAGAUUCUAUAAGAUUGAACGGAACUUGACAAACACAUAUGUUCAUCAUGUGUAUGAUAAGCUAUGUUCAAUCUUAUACAAUCUAUAAGGUGUAAACGCAGCUUUAGAAUCCUUGAAGCGAAAUCAAAAAUAUCAAAAUUUGAUCUCAAAUUUCAAACUUGAAAAAAAAAAUUAUUUCUACUAAUUACUGCUUCUCCAAGUGUCAUGAGUAUUAGCUAAUGUAAAUAUUUCUUUUCGGCUAUUUAGUACCAUAAAUCUAAAUUCUCAUUCAUUUUAGUUCUACGAUCUAUGAAAUUGACCUAAUUUAUGAAAAAAAUUGCGAAAACUUUUUGUGUAUGAUUGUGUAAAAGUAUGAUUGUGAAUUAUUGCAAAAAUAUUUACAUAUCUAUUGUUACUGCAAUUGAAGCUUUUUGGCUGUGAUAAAUUGGUUUAAAAAUUAACUUUUCUAACAAUUAACUGCCAUUUUUAGGUUUUUGUAAAUUUUUUUGGGGGGAAAUUGUGUGUAGAGGCGGUGGACAGACAGAAUUUUCUGACAGGUUUUGAAAAAUGUAUUGUUUAAAAAUGUUUGGAAUGUUUCUGAAGGUUAUAGAGUUGUUGAAGCUACUUGUUGAAAAAAUUCUUGUAUCAAUAUUGAACUCAGGUUCUAUACCAUAUUAUGUAUGCUUCCAUAUUAUUCUAUUAAUAGGUCCUUUUUUGAGAAAAUUUCAUUUCUUAAAAGUUAUUUGAAAAAUAAUUGGCAAUUUAUUUGUCAGUUUUAUCGUUUCUGAAAACUCUACAUUGCUAUUGCUAUGACUAUACUCUUCAAAAAUCUUUUUAAUCAAAAAACUGUUAAUGAUAAAUUUCAACACGUCAUAUGAACCAAAACUUGAUCUACAAAGCUGAUUUUAAAAAUCAAUUUUUGAAAAAAAAUGUAAGAUUUUUUUUAAAUCCGGAACUUUUGCAGAAAUGUGUGUUUUUGCAUAAAAUAAUAUUGAAAUUGUGCCAUUUAUUAGUCAUUUAGACUUUCCCUGAAGAGUGUAUGACUGAUUUUUUAAGAAUAUUUUCCAUUAUGCGUUAGUUUUUAGUGUGAAAUGAACAGUCACAAUUUAAUAAUAAUUUGAACCGCUAUAAUUGGUCUCAGAAUGUAUGAGAGCUUCUCACUUACCUAACCUUACCUUAGAACUGCAAUAAAAAUUAUAAUUUUAAUAAAACGCGUAUAAAAUGUACGAACUGAAUGCGAAAAUUAUGUUAAGAAGUGUGUAUAAUAUAUAAAUAAUAUAGUAAUUUUUUAUGUUAGGGUAUAUGUGUUAGUUAGUUUGUUAAGAGACUGUUGAAUGCUUGAAUCGCAUAAUUUAUUUCACAAAUUCUAAUCUGAGAUUUUCAUUGAAUUUAUAGGCAAGUUAAAAAUGUUCUCGAGUUUCUGCUUCUAUUAGAUACAAGGUACCUUGUAAAGUAGCAAAACAAUAUUUGAUUUUUAUAGGAUACAACAAAGUUUACUCCAAGUUCUCGUAGAUAUUCCAUAUUUUUCAUAAAUAAUGUAGUUUUGUAUCGAAGAAAUAGAGGAAAUGAUCAUUUAUUAUCUAUCUUGAGCUGCGCUCAUGAGAAACUACAAUCAAAUCAUUGUAUACUGAUAAAUUUUAGGUUUAAUUUGCAAAGUUCCCCUGUAAAAAUUUAAAUUUUUCAAGAAAUCAAUAUCAUAUAAUUUAUUUUAUUAUCUGACACAGGCUAUAAGAGUCUUCCCUUACUAUUCUCAAUUAGUGUUUAAAAUUACUGCAAAAUCUCGAAUCAAUUUUUUAGAGUCGUAAACUUCCUUUUUUCCCCCACUUGAUUGAAUUCACUUCCAAUAUUUUAAAGGAAUUUAUUGAAUAUUAUGAGUGAUUCCAUUAUUUGGAAGAUCUACUCACCAACUAAUUGGGAAUUAGGCUAUGCAAAGAAUGUAAAAACCUCUUCUAAUUUUUGUAUGCGUCUUGCAAUAAAUGUAUGACUGUUAUAUCGAGAAUUAAUAAUUUAUGAACUGUUUGUAAAUUUUUCGCUCUUCUAAAUUUUAUUUAGGAAUAAAUAGUUAAAUUUAUAUCGUAUACCCUUUAGAAACAGUCUGCCAGUUGGUCAACGUUAUUGAAACCCUAGGGCUUAGCUAUAUUAUCAUCAAGAAAUUGUUAAUAGAUUCUUAACUACCUAUUAAUAGUGAGUGUAAAUAGUAGAAAACGAUAAUAUUAAUGAAAAUUGUAUAUUUUUAUUGGUCAAUCAGUUAAAACUGAAACAUUUAAACGCAUUUUAAAGUCUAUUUGUACAAAGGAUGAUAUUAUAUAGCCUAUUUUCGAACGCAUAACUUAGUUAAUAAUAAUAUUGUUUAAUAGGUAUUGAGUAUUCAGCACAACGUCAUAUUUUUAUUCUGAAUUCUGAAUUGGUUAUUAUAAUAGAACAUAAAAUGAGUAUGAAAUUUGAAGAUUUCAUCUUCACAAUAGUACAUAAAGUUUGAGAUAUUUUUCAAUUACUAUUUAGAUCAAAGCUUUUGUUGAUUUAAUAAUUAUUCCUUUCAUAAAAGUCCUUUAUAUUAUCAAUGUAGUUAACAGUAACAGGUAUGAAGAGAAGAGAAGAGAGAAGAAGACGAAGGAGAAGAAGAAGAAGAAGAAGAAGAAGAAGAAGAAGAAGAAGAAGAAGAAGAAGAGAAGAAGAAGAAGAAGAAGAAGAAGAAGAAGAAGAAGAAGAAGAAGAAGAAAAGAACACGAAGAAGAAGAUGGUGAUGAUGAAGAAGAAGAUGAACGAGAAAAAGUUGAGAAAUUAUAAGUAAUUCAGUUUCUAUUUCAAGAUGACAUCUAUGAUGAAAUACACAAAUUUCGAUAAUCUAAAAAUUUAACACUUCAUUAUUUAUGGUCUAUGCUCAGGGUCCUAAAAUUGUCCCUAUUACAAUUGAUUGUAAAUCACACUAAAAAUGAAUGUAUACAUAUAUUUUUUGGCACUAUUUUCUUGUGAUUCAUCACGCCAUUUUAUCUCUUCUAUUUUUCUCAAUUCUUGUACAGUUGUUGCAUUAUAACCGUCGAUCAAAUUUGAUCUCUGAUCAAUCUUUGAUGUCUCCAAUCAAAUAUAUUAUACAAAAACAUUGGCAAUAAUUUUCUACGUAAUAACACAAUACUAUAUUACUAUAAAACCCUAUUUGCAAUACAGCUCAUACAUAUAGCAAUUAAAAAAAUACUACUAUUGUAAUAUUCACUAUUUGUUAACAAUAUUGUUUAUUAUUUGAUUGUGCCUUAAUAUAAUUGAAGUAACACAAAAUAAUGCAUAAAUUGAAGUAAAAAUAAUAGUAGUUUAGUAAAAAUAUUCUAUUGUAAAUACAAUUUUCUUCGCAAUGUAAGUAAAUCUGUUUAAUAAUAAGAAUGCAAUAUCUGGUAGAAUAUGAUCAUUUGUUGAUCUUUUUCUGAGUAAAUUCUAUUGUAUUGUAUUUAUUUAAUACAUUCUGAAUAAAUAGGAAAAGGCUUGAAGUAUGCUAUCAUAACAGAUUUGUUUUAUAAAUUGGGUCAACAAUAUUUUCUAUAAAAUCUUUAAUUUACUAGUCUUAGAUUGUAAUUAAUUUUUGUGUAGUAUCAUUGUGACGACUCACACUGUUGAAAUUUGUGAUCUAUUUCUUGCUGCGUUUUUAAUAUUAUGUUUAUUGUAAAUUGUGCUUAGCCUGAACGCAAUGAAGAAUAUUAAUUGGUAGAGUUAUUGGAUUAAUAAUAUUAUAAACUACAUUAUGAAAUGUGUGAAUGUUUGUUGAGUGUGCUGUUCAACAUUGUGUGGAAAUCAAAAUUUGCAUUUUUUGAAAUCAACGAGAAAAAUAUUUUUAAUUUCUGGAGUAGAAUCUUCAAAUUAUGUUUCAAAAGUUCUGAUUUUGUGUUUUAUUGGAUUACAAAUAACAAAUUUAGGCAGCAACAACUAACUAAUAGAAUGAACUAUGACUAAUACAUGAAAAAUAUUACUGAAAUACGUUUUGAAUGUCCGUCUUUAUUUCACAAUAUUGAAAUAUAUGAACUAAAGCCGUAAUCAUAGCUAUGUGGAGCCUAACUGUUUCUGAUAUGAUGAACACUGUAUUUAAAUAUAUUGUUGAAAAUAUGUUCGAAUGGUAUAUAAGUUUGUGUAUGUGUGAUAAGAUUGUUGAUAAUUACGUCAAUGUAAGUGAUAUAUUAAGGAAUAAAGAGAGAUUUUUCCAAA